UAUACAUUUUAAUAAAAUAAAAGUGACAAGAUAUAUAAAAAAGUAAUGCUUUUAGAGACAUGGGAUCCAGAUAAUUAUAAAUUGCUGUAUGAUACUUUAUUAAAUUUAUCAGAAGGAACUGUUAUUCCAGAAUCAUUCUUAGAACAUCUUUUAGAAUCAUUCCGUCAAGACUUUAAAAAUCUUUUACAAACACCGAAAAAAUCAGAGCAAAGUCUAGAAAAACUCAAAUCAGGAAUAAUAUAUAUAGAUGGUAUAAAAUAUAAAUUAAACGAUACUUUUAUUUCAGAAGCACUUCAUGUGUCAAAUAAGCUUAAUCUUGAUGAAAUUCUUUCUGCAAAACUAGUUCAUUAUGGAAUCAAAAAUUCAAAAAAUCUAGACAGAUCAGUUUUACAGACUUCUUUAUUUCUUUUUUAUUCAAGGAAAAAAUAUCUUUUGAAUAGUCUAUCAAUCAUAUUAUUAUAUGCAAAAAAUGAAUUAGGAAAUAGAGAAAUAUUAAAAUAUUUUAAGCAAACAGUUCAAUUUAUUUUUCAAAAAAAUUCUGAAAACCCUGAAGAUAAUCUUGUAUCUUACUCAAUGAAAUGUUUACAGGCUAUGGAAGAUUUAAGAACACAAAUAUCUAAUAUUUUUUAUCAAAAAAAAAACAAGAAUUUUAAUGAAUAUAGUCAAAACGAUGAAUAUAUAGAAGAAAUAAAGCUAAAAAAAGAAUCGAUGUUGCAAGAACAUGAAAUUUAUGGAAUUCUUUUAUAUAGACUUUCAAACUUAAAUAUGGUUAAUAUUAAUGAUUUCGAAAAGAUUAUUCAUAGAAUUUCCCUAUUUGAUGAAUAUGAUUUACUUAUAACUCAUUUUUUCCCAGUAAUAAUUAAUUUUAUUGCAUUAGGAGGAGAAAUAUCUUCACAAAGUGAAGGUGAACUAGAAAAUUUUACAAAUUAUGAUAUAGAAAUUCUUUGUAAAAUAAACAAAAUAAUCAACUUGGAUUAUCAAAAUGAAAAAAAAUGGGCAAUAGAACCCUUAAAAUCAAUUAUUCAAUUAUGGUGGACUACCAAACUUAACAGAAUUUGUAAAAAAGAACUCGAUAUUUCAAUGCCUUUUAAAUAUAGCAGUGAUAUAUAUAAUCCAAGUAGAGAAGCAAUAUCUUCUGGCGCAUUUGAGACAAUGAUAAAAAAAAUAAUGGAUGUUCUUCGUUUUGAAACCAAAAAUCUUUUACGAUUAGAAGAUUAUAAAUUACUCCUAAACUAUCCAAAAUUCAAAGAGGGAAUGGAAUUUCCAGAAUUAACAUUUUCUAAAGCAUUUCAGGAAAUAAUGUUUUAUGAAAUAGAAAAGUUUAUUUAUUCUUUUAUUAGUGAUAUGCCAGAUUUGUUAAAAAAUAUGAAACUUGUAGAAGAGGAUUUGAUAAUGACACAGAAAUCCUUAGAUUUUAAUGCAGAUGACAAAAUCGAGUCAAGUUUAGAAGCAUUCUUUUAUCUUAUUGCCUUAGUUUAUGAAAAUCGAGAAGAUUCUGCACUUUUGUUUUGGUUAGACCGAGAAAGUGAUCUUUAUGGAUUUAUCCUAUGGUCAUCACAAUGCCAGACACCGUUGAUGAUUACUGCAUUUUCAACAAUGCUAGCGUCUUUAGGAAAUGGACCUCAAUGCAGUACUUAUGCGUAUGAUUUUUUAACGGAAACAAAAGGGAUGGAGACUAUGAAAGCGCAAAAUAAUAUGACGACAUGGGAAUAUAUUUUCGAUACACUUAAAUAUUAUGUUUCUCAACUAAAAAUUACACAUUUUGAUUCUUCUCUUAGCUCUUCUCGCAUGUUGACAGUAGCUUUUGACUUCCUAGAAAUUGAUCACGACAGCAGAAGUAUCCUGCGAUCCUAUUUUCAUCUAAUUACAUGUAUUUUAUCUAGUUGCCCAGAUGUUUCAAAUAUGGUUUACAAAAAAUAUAAUCCAAUUCCUAUACUUUUUGAUCUAUUAAAUUGUCAACUGUCAAGUGACAUGUAUUGCGGGAUAUUACUGACAUUAACAUCAUUUUUAUCUGGAAAAGAAUUAGAAAUUAGAGAUACAAUAUGGAAUUUGCUUGAUCAAUGGAUAUGCCAACAAAAUAAUGAAAUUUAUUUAGCUCAUACCUCAUAUAUGGCACCUAAUAAAUUCAACGAAUCAUUAAAAUCAUACACGAAAAUUGAUCAAACAUUAAGGGUGUUUGUAUCAAACUCUCUAUCCUUAGCUAUAGCUUUUGUUCUACUGCUAAAUCAUUUAAUUAUGUCUAUAAACGAUUUAAAUAAUACUCUUCCUUUUCCAGAAAGUAUAGGAUUAAAUAGGAAAGACCCUGGAAUACAGCCUUUUAUCGAUUUAGUAAUGGAUCUUUUUUUAACAUCAAAUUCUCUAAUAUUAGAUAACAAGCUUGAAGGAUUACAACUAUUUUCAGAAUGCUUAAAAUUUAUUCAACUAGGGUUAAAAACAUUUAAUCUAGAUAUUGUUGAAGUCGCAAGUCUUAAUAACAUAGAAAUGAAUAAAUUCAUUAAAACGUCAUCUUUUUCAUCUUACCUAAAUUUACAUCCAGGAAAUAGAAUUAUGCAACAUAUGUAUCGCAAUAAUAUAUAUAUAUGUUUAUUUGAUUUUAUUCAUAUUGCAUUAGAAGUAUUACAAAAUACGGAAAGUGAUCCACUUUGGCUACUAUGUUUAGAUACAUCUCUUAAUAUACUAGAUCUAGUAUUACAUUUACAAUUACCUUUUUUAGAAUGGUUUUCAUCUAUAACUACAUAUCAAUCGACAUAUAUAAAUUCAAACAAUCAUAAUAAACCAAACUUCGAAACAUUUGAAGAUAUUAUGCUUUUCCAUCUUAAUGUUAUAGUUUAUAUAUGCUUAUGUAUUGGAUUUGAUUCUUUAAGUGUAUCAAAAACUGCUGUGUCUAUUUUAAAGAAAUUAUCAGAUUCUCCACAAUUAACAGAUACAAAGAACUAUAAACAUUUCAACAAUUUUAAAAGAAAUAGAUUAUUAGGUAUUCUUGAAACUGUUGAUGAAUCGAAAAAAAUAAGAUUUGGUGCUAUUAAUCUCAUUCAGAUAGAACAAAACCGUUUUUUAAAUACGUCACAUCUAGAUCAAGAUACUUCAGGCAGAUUUUUUUUAAAAUUUCUUGCCUGGGAUUUACAAAAGAAUCAAAAGAUUCCUACAGUAUCUCAUUUUUUUUUAGGUUUUCAGAUACUAAAUGAUGGAACAUCUGAUAUUGGAACAGAAAGAGGGGAGAUCGGCUCUGAAAUCUCAAUUUUACAUUGUUUAUUAUCUUUUAUUCAAAAUUCUUCAACUAUGGAGGAAACUUUAUUAGAUUCUCCAAAAAAUAACUUAUCAAAUACUAUUAUGGAAACUGUUAUGCAUAUUAUAUUUUUAUUAUCUAAAUCAGAAUUAACAUCAGAUAUUAUGUAUGAUAUUUUGAAAAAAAGAGAUGAUAUUCUACUAAAACUAUUAUCUCCUGGGCCAUUAACUUGGAUACUACCGAAAUUGGAUUCUUCCAACUUAAACACAUUUUCAUCAAAACCUGUUAAAAUUCUUUUGUAUCGUAGUUGGUUGCUUCAUACAAUAGCUAUUAAGCUACGUAAAAUGAUUUUAUAUAAUGCUACUACACUUCAAAAAUGUUAUACAAAAGCUCUUACUUUUUAUGAUGAAAAAAAUAAAAAUAGUCAAAACUAUUAUUUACAAUCACUAAACAAAGGUAUUAGAAUUUUAAAAUACUUAGAUAUUCUUGAAUUGGAUAUCACAACAGAUGACCAGGAGUUUAUUUUAGAAAAAACACAACAAAUGUUUUCAAAUAUUCCUAGAUCUUCAAAUUCGCUAUAUGAUAUAAAGAAGAUUAAAACAUAUAUGAAACUUAAAGCUUGCGAAUUCCAAAAUAAAGAUUUCGAUAACAAGAGAAAAACGUUUACAAUUGUGGAAAAGGAUAUAAUUUCGCAAAUAGAAAUUUCUAACAUUUUGAUUGAAAUAAAUAACGCUAAGUUACUUUGUUUUCAAGGGUGGAAUAAUCUGCUAGGUAUUUUACUUGAAGAUUGCGCUGUUCAUUUGACACAAUCACAAAAAGAUUCUCUCAUUAUAGAAAGUUUACGAAUUCUUACCCCUAAACUAACAAGUUUUAGUAAAAAAGACGAAAAUAUUAUUGAAAUAUGUAGUUCAUCUGUUCUAAUUUUAAUUCGACAUAUCACCCAAAAUACAAUAUUUGAAGAAAAAUAUUUUCUUUUUCUAAAAAAUAUUUUACUUGGUAUUCAAAAUCCAAAUACAAACGAAACUAUUCGACAAAAUUUAUACAUAGCCGUUAUAUUUUACUUAGAUAUGGUAUCUGGUCUAGAACUUCAAUCAAAUCAAUCACAUAAGCUUUUUGAAAGUUAUACAAAUAUUUUUAAAGAAAAAAAAAAUCCCCAAAUAAUUAAGCCAUAUUGUAAUCAAUUAAUUCAUGUUAUAUGUAGAGAUGCUAUAUAUGGAUCAGGAAUGUUGAAAAUGCUUUCCUACUUAAUCCUUAACUUAGCAGGAAAAAUAGAUACUAUAAUAUUUUUUGGUCCUUUAUGGGACACCUUAAUCCAUCAAAAUUAUCUGAAUAUAUUUAUAACAUCAUUAUGGGAAAGUGAAGAAUUAAAUGCCUUAAUAUUUGCGGAAUUUGAUAAUUCAUUAGAAGGAACCAUUAUAGAAGCAAAACUUAAUUUUAUCCUUAAAGUAAGCCAAACAAAAAUUGGCGCACAAGAAAUUCUAAAAAACGAAUUGUUUGAUUACUUAAUAGAUAAAAAAGAUUUUAUUAAAAACGGUUUAAACAAUAUAAGAACUACUAAAAAGGACCAUCAAAACAUUCUAAAUAGAUAUAUACAUUUAAUUUGUAUAUUAUUAAGGAUAUUAAUAUCUUGUAUGAUUUCUUUAGGGUUAAAAAAUAUAAUAGCACAUAAUGUUGGAGAAAAAUUUUAUAUAGCAUAUCGUGAAAUUAUCGUUUUUUUCAAGGAGAACUAUUCUAAACAUCAAAUAGAAAAUAGUGAAAUGACAGAAAUAUUAAAAAUAACUAAUACACUUGAAAUAAUUUUGGAAAGUUAUAAGCCUUUAAUAGAUUCAUAAUUAACGCAGAAUAAUCUAUAAUUAUAUACAAG